AAUAUAAGUCCGCUUGUGUCAUUGUGUAUUUGGUUGUCUCAUUGAUCGGUCGUGCGAAAAUCGUUCGGUGCUUUAUCUUUUCCCCCGCUUUCGGAACUUAAAAGAGGAUUGUGUGCGGUACGUUUGUGCUGACUAAGUGAAGGAGAAAAGUGUGCUGUUCGCAAAAUUUUGCCAAAGAGAAGUAGUUCCAGUCCAGCGUGAAGGGAUCGGAGAAAAUGAUGAUUUCGUCUCGGUGCACCAUCAAGUUGGCACUGAUUAGUGCACUCGUUGUCCUGGCGUCCGCUCAGCCACAACCGGCGGAUGGAACCCCAGCGGCAACGGACAAGAAGCUUCCGGAAGCGGUGCUCGAAGCUGACGAUGUGACCAACCCUGCUACCCCCGAUGACAACAACACGACCACUCCGGCAACCACGACGUCAACGACUACGGAAACCACAACUUCAACCAGCACGACGGCCAAACCGGCACCGACGCCGGAGCCACCGACCCCGAGCCCCCCGAAUACAACCACCACUACCACUACCACCACCAGCACUACCCCCAGCACCACCAGCAGCACUACAACCCUGGCUCCACCAACUCCUGCUCCAAACACGACCACCACGGCCGUACCGCCGACCACCACAACGCCCGCACCGACUCCGGUGCCGCACUGCAAGCGCUUCGAUGCGUACUCGUUCGUCGGCGGCAUAAUCCUGGCCUACGGCUCGCUGGCCAUCUCGAUCGUCCUCUACAAAUUCUACACCAUGCAAAGGAACGCCAACAACAACGGCAACAGCAGCAGCAACUAUCGCACCCUCUAAGCGGGGUGGCGCUAAUGCUGCUGCUGCGUAUAGGGGGAUCCUCGAUUCCCCUACUGCUGUGCGCGUCCGUAAUUCUGUUUCGUUUUCGUAUCUUUUCCGCCCAGUUAGCAAAUCCAUUCUUCAAACGGCUGCAGCGCAUGGCCGAGCCUGGUAGGAAGAAUGGUUGUCUUAUUUUGUAUUUUGUCCCGUUUUCUUUCCAACCCGAAUCAGUGUUUGUUUUUUUUUAUCGGCGCAACAAAAAGGACAUCCCCUUCAUUCAGUUAGCAAUUAGUCGGUAGUUGAUAGGGAACGAGCGAGAGCAGAGGAGAAGAUGGAUGGUACUGUAGAGCUGUGUAUUGGCGGUACUCUCAUUCGCGUAUCAUUCCUUUGCCCCAUUUUGCCACCCCGUUGUUGCCAUUCGAGGAGCAGCAGAACCGUGCGCCCGAUCGGUGUAGUCCCAUCGGACCCCCUCUUUCAUCAAUCCGCCGUGUGCCACCCACACACGAUGUUAUUCAGUACCAAAGUGCCAGUAAAACAAAAAUCGUGAAAACAUUUACAAGAAAUAUCAGAAAGCCUCGAAUUUGUACAGCUCAUUUCACCUUAAGAUCCCUUCCCUCACACUACGCGCCUUCUGGCUGGGUGUCAUUCCCUCGGUUUCAUUCGUUUCGCAUUUAAUUUCGAAUCCCCGAAGGGAGAUCUUUGAGCAUUUUUCUUUUAUGUUCUUUUAUUAUCAUUCUUCCUAGCAUUUCACCGCACCUGUGAAUCGGUGCGAUCGUAUGAUCUUAAAUUACCCUAAUUGAUUUCUGCAUUCUACCAGAGUGAGAAAGUUAGGAGAGAACGAGAGAAAGAGAACGAUAGGAAUCAGAUGGAAAACUUUGUUUUCUGCGCUGAAUUUUAUACCAAAACUAUCUACUAUUGUGUGAUCUAGGCGAUCACGGCAGACAUCCGGAAACAAAACAAACACACACUCACAUACCUAUACCAGGAUACAUCGUAUCCUGCUCCGUAGCAUAUCCGGACAGCUAGUAGAUCACGCGGUGAUGAUCGAGCGGACGUAUCGGAGAUCACAACUAGCAACAAUACAUUCAUAUUCCACGGUACACACAAACUCACUCACAUGCAGGGAAGUGUCGGUCAGAAGGUCGGGUAAUUCGGUCAAUCGGUCGAUCAGUGUCUUUAAUUUGGCCACCUUCACCCUCAUCGUUCCGAUCAUCACCACGCCGCCCCGGAAGGACUCAGUUGUGCGCUGCGUGCGAGCAAAGGGUUGAGAGAGCAAAGUGGUAAACUAAAUUUGUUAAUGUAAAAAACGAACUCUUUAAAACUGAAAUGUGCAUUGAAAUAAAAGGCUGAGUAAUGAUAUCAACGCGUGUCGCUUCCCGCGAGCGCGCCGAGCAGGAAACCCGAAAAAGUAGUACCGGCGCGUGGCGCUUCUUUACCCUUUCUUUAACGGGUGGUCGGGAAAUCGGGAAGGGUCGGCUGGGUCAGGCCCGCUUUGCAUCCGCAUCGCAUCGUUCCGAAAGAACGUCCUGUUGAAAGUGCUCUUAAGUAGAAGUUAAUAUGUGCAGC